AUGGCAACAGUUACUAAGAAAGUUUAUUUCGAUAUUGCAAUCGGUGAUAAGAAGAUCGGAAGAAUAGAAAUAGGUCUGUUUGGUAAUGAUGUGCCGAAAACAGUAGAAAACUUUCGAGCAUUGGCUACUGGUGAGAAGGGUUUUGGCUACAAAGGAUCUAAAUUUCAUCGUGUAAUCAAAGAUUUUAUGAUACAGGGUGGUGAUUUUACGAGAGGAGAUGGAACUGGAGGUAAAAGUAUUUAUGGUGAUCGUUUUGAGGAUGAAAAUUUCAAAUUGAAGCAUUAUGGUGCUGGUUGGUUGAGUAUGGCUAAUGCAGGAAAAGAUACCAACGGAUCACAAUUCUUCAUAACAACGGUGCAAACAACAUGGCUAGAUGGUCGUCAUGUUGUAUUCGGAAAAGUUCUAAGUGGUAUGGAUGUUGUUAGAAAAAUUGAGCAAACAUCAACACAUCCAGGUGAUCGACCAAAACAAAGUGUUGAAAUUGUAGAUUGUGGCGAAUUGUCUUUAGAUGCUCCGUUUGAUACACCAAAAGAAGCUGUAGCAUAA